GGUGGGACUGAGCCGCCGCAGCCGCUCGGUCGCUCCCAGAAGCUACAGUUAGCAUCAGCUAGCGAUGCUAACCGCUAACGGCGGAAAAUGUUGACAUUCCAGUCCGUGCUGACGGACCGGGGGAACGGUAGCGGCUUCCGAGGAUCGUGCCAUGACUUCGCCGAGCCGUGCUGUUGAUGUUUCCGAGCUUUGAGCUAUGCUCUCACGAAAGAAAAGCAAAAACGAAGCGUCGAAACCAGCCGAGGUUCACGGGAAGUAUGUGAAGAAGGAGACGUCGCCGUUCCUCCGAAAUCUCAUGCCCUCCUUCAUCCGCCAUGGACCCACUAUUCCUAGACGAACAGAGGGCCCCCCACCAGAGAUGGGGUCGUCUUCCUAUCCUGUGGCGCCCGGCAGGGAGUCCGUGACGUCCCGUAACAAAAGUGUCCUCCGGCCACCUGUACAGAGACCUCCGCACGAGGUGGCCCGCAGAGAAAGCCACCGCAUGUCAGCACCUCCGUACCUGCCGCGCAGUCUGGGAGACCUGUCCCACGAGUACCGGGGCUCGACACAGUCCUUCCUCACAGAAGUGGGUCCCAUGUCUGAAAAUGGAGAAGCCACCCGGUAUUAUUACCCACCUGAACCCUAUUAUGAAAACCAGCAGCAGCGCCAGCCCAAGAGAGUCCAAGAGCGCUUUCCUGAGGACUAUAGAUACUAUGAACACAAUGAACACAACUUCCAAAGACUUCCCCGCCAACACACUUCCCCGUCUCCAAGUCGACCCCCCUCAGGCAUCGGUCGAAUACAGGCCAAGUCCCUGGGGAACCUCUCCAGCCUGACAGGAGACGACGUCCCCCUCCCGGCUGGUUGGAUCGUCGACUGGACCAUCCGUGGCAGGAAGUACUACAUCGACCACAACACCAACACUACACACUGGAGCCACCCUCUGGAGAGGGAGGGGCUCCCCCCGGGCUGGGAGAAGGUGGAGUCCUCUGAGUUUGGCGUGUAUUACGUGGACCACAUCAACAAAAGAGCCCAGUAUCGACAUCCAUGCGCCCCCAGCGUGCCCCGCUACGAUCAGCCCCCGCCACCUCCACUUCCUGUGACCUAUCAGCCACGUCCAGCAGAACGGAACCAGCCCGUGCUCGUGCCGGCGAACCCGUACCACACAGCCGAGAUCCCGGACUGGCUGCAGGUCUACGCCCGCGCACCCCUCAAGUACGACCACAUCUUGAAGUGGGAGCUGUUCCAGCUGGCCGACCUGGACACCUACCAGGGGAUGCUGAAGCUGCUCUUCAUGAAGGAGCUCGAGCACAUCGUCAAGUCCUACGAGGUGUACCGCCAGGCGCUGCUGUCCGAGGUGGAGGCUCGCAAACAGCGGCAGCAGUGGUUCACCCCGCAGCCCAACAAGAACUUCACGGGAAACAUGUGAGGCGUCCGUACAGCAUGGGGGGGGGGGUUAACAUCCGCCCCUUAUGGCUUUCUUACCAAACAUGUGCCUUUUGCUUCAUCCAAAAACAUCCGAGCAUCGCUCACUCUGAACGGGUGAAACGUCACGCUGCCUCCGGGGAGACAUUUAGCCCGAGAGCCGAUUCUAGUUUUCAAGACUGACGCGCCGAGUCUGAACACUCUGCUCUGGAUUAAAACGCAUCUCGAGAUUGUGCCGUUAACGAGGUCAAAUCCAGCAGCUAAUCCGUCAAACGACAGGCAGCUUCUUAUUUAAACACUUCACUCUUUGUAACCUUUAUAAACUUUAAACAGUUCUCUUUACAGCAAAUAAACCUUUCAGUUGUUCUUUCUGUACAUUUUGUAUAAUUCUGCAGACAAUCCAAGCGUUCCAGUGAUUUUCAGAUUAUGUGCGAGGCGUUUGAUGCUCAGCUCUUUUGUAUGUUUUAUAAAACAGAAGCUCGAUGAUGCCUUUUAUCUCUAAAACAAGUAAAGUUUGACAAACA